GAGAGCGAGUGACGUGAGGAAGUGUUGCCACGUGUAUGAUUUACAGCGGCAGAGCCAAGGGGCACGGGUGGUGGCGCUGGCGAGCGCAGGCAGCUGCAGUGGACACGUAGCGUAGCUCGUAGUCCGGCCAACUCAAGUUGUGUGUAUUCUGUAGACUGCUUAUUAAGCACUCCUAGUACCAAUGAGGUCCAAACAUUAACAUGUAUGGACCUCAUAGGCGACAAUGCGUUAAAAACAGGCUUGGUAUUUCUACUAGUCCUGGUCUUCACAGUUGUGGGACAGGCCCUAAGUCCUAUCUCGACCCUAUCAGGGGACAGCCAAGCCAGGUUCAAGACCAUCUUUGAACAGGCCAGGCCCUAUGCUGAUUUGAGCACAGCCCACUAUGCUAUCUUAGGGCUGAAGCUUCUUGAUGCUCCUAUCCCUCAGGCCCAGGAGGCCUGCAACUUUUUGAAAGAGCACCUGGAUGUGAACAGUAUCCAGUCCAUCUACCAUGCCACUACUGGUGCCAAAGCACUAGGCAACUGCAAGGUGCCAUUGAGCAAUGGACAGCAAGUUUUGAAUGCUGCUGUUACUGAUAGCUCAGAUGUAGCAACAGUUUUCUAUGCUGUCACAGCCUUGACUGCUCUUGGCCUCACCAUUAAUUCUGCUGAAGUGGUAAAGGCUUUGGAUGCUGGACUGAAGAAAGAUGACAGUGUUUUAAGUUCCAGUCUUGCUCUCCAUGUGGCAUCCAUGCUAUCAAAUGAAACCAAUGUAGACAAAUAUCAUGAUCUUAUAGAAGAUAUUGUAGCACAAGCUGAUGAAGUAGGAGAAAAAUAUUUACAGUUUGACUCAUUACAGCAGACAUCUAUUUUCAUAGAAGGAGCAUAUAAACUUUCUGGAGUAGUCAAUAAAGCACCAGUUAUUAGUGAGGAGCAAGUAGUGCUAUUAGGAAAUUACAUUGUUAGCAGACAAUCAACACAGAGCGUCCGUAAUGCAUACUACGUCCUCAGUGGGACCAAAGCCCUCUCAGAUAACAAGUUCCAAAUUCCAGUAGCAUUUUCCCUUGCUGGACCCAUGGCCGUCACCUCAGCAGAGCCUAGCAUUCGUGUACGAGUAUCCAACCUUCUUUCCUCUACCCUUGGAAAGCUGAUUGUUGUUGCAACUUCAGUCGAAUCUAAAAGUGAGGGAGACACCGCUGCUAGCAACCUUCCCCUUUCUGGCACCAGUGACCCAGCUAUCUACCAAGUAAACCUGAUGGAAUCCAAGCUGUCACCUGACUUCUACCGUGUGACCUUAGAUGCCACGCCCUCCCAGGAAGACACUCGCCUUAUUGGUCUGGCCGAGGGUGAGGUCACUGUCAAGGUCACGACCCAGGUCACCCUUGAAGCUGCAGAGAUCAAUGUGGUUGAUAAAGACCAGUCAAUCACAGCCAAGACCAUGAGGGUCAAGUAUCCUGAGAAGGUUGAGAAGGGUCUAGAGGCUGACCAUCAUCAGAAUCUGGUCAUCAAGUUUAGUCUCAAGGACAAGUCUGGACAACCCAUUGAGGCUCAUCAGACCUUUGUCCGCAUCACAAAUGUAAAGACCAAGCAAGAAGUCAUCUUUACUGCGGAGGCAGAUUCCGGCAAGGCUUACAAGUUUACCUUGGAUGUUGCGGACAGUGGCAAGGAAUAUUUCAAGGAUCUUUCUGGUCGCUACUCUGUUGACCUCAUCAUUGGAGAUGCUGUCAUUCAGAAUCCAUUCUUCUGGAACUUGGCCGUAGUGUCUUUGAAAUUUCCUGAGUCUGACGCCAAGCCAUCUUCUCCGUCUGGAAGCCAGUACAAACAGUUACCUGAGAUUGAGCAUAUGUUUCGUAUAGCUGAGAAGCGCCCUCCAUCUAUUGUCUCUAAUGCCUUCACAGCCCUUGUAUUGGCUCCUCUUGUUCUUCUCUUCAUCUUGUGGGCCAAGCUUGGAGCCAACAUGAAGAACUUUUCACCAUCUCCCAGUGCCGUGGGCUUUCAUCUUGGUUUAGGAGGUAUCUUUGCUUUGUACUACUGCUAUUGGACCCAUCUCAACAUGUUUGCUACCCUUCAGUAUCUGACUGUCUUGGGGGGCAUCACAUUCUUCUUUGGUAACCGUCUUCUCAGUGGCAUCGCAAAGCAAAAAAAGUAACAUAGUUUCACACAUUCAUGAAUAGAAGGUCAUCAAUAUGUUACGACCAAGAAACAUGAGGAGAAUGAUGCAAUUUGAUUGGAACCAUAAUUUACCUCGUUGUUCGUUCAAUGGGAAUUUGAAAUACAAAGGUUCUGUCAUUACAACUAAAAUAUACUGUUUUUGUAAAUUUUUGAAAAUCACUAAAUUUAUUAGUGAAUCUAAGCAUAGUUUAUCUUUAUUAAAUUACUGGUGAAGGGCUCAGCAUUUUUUUGUAGCUUCCGCUUUUGGACAUUUCACGGAGGAUAGUAUUAAAGAAUUUCUGUUUCAUGUAGAUAGAAAUGUAGAAUACAAAAAAAAAACAUGUUUCUUAUUCAUAGUUUUAUGAACAAUAAAAGGAGGAUGCCACUAAACUUAAAUUGAAGGAUACGAGAUUUUGUCAUAGACUAGAGCUAUUGUAGUAUACAACAUUUUUGCAGUUUUUGCAAACUUUACUGUCAAUUUGCGUGGAUUUACACAUUUUAUAAUUAAUUGAACUUUGUAAUAAUAAUUGUUACAUUAUGGUCUGUACAGGAACAUUGAUGCUUGGUAUAAUGAAGCUAUGGGUAAUAUGACUAAUAAGUACUUACCAUUUUAGAUCUCUUUUUACCCUGCUUCUGUAGUCUGUUUAUGUUGAUUGUUUCUCAAACCACGCACCAUGUUCAAGGUGGAGUGUUUUCCAGGUAAUAUUAUUUAUGUUUUGAUUUGAUAAGUCAAAAGUUGUGCCUGUCUUAUGUAAGAAAAUUCAGAUUCGUCCAGCGGACAUUGCUCUGUGCCAUUUGUGUAAUGUAUUUUCUCCAUGCUAUUUUUCUUGACCAAAUGAUAAAAUCAUGUGGAAUGUGAAUUUCUUUUUAACCUAAAUAAAAACCUGUCCUGUUUCAAAUAUGCAGUAACACAUAGCUUUAUCAUCAAGUUUUUCUGUAUCUCAUCGUUAUUUUGGAUCUAAUUGCCAUACAAAACCACAGGAAAGUAAUGAUUUCCGUAUAUUGCUGAUACCUUAAUUGCAAUGAUACUGCAGUCUAAGCAAUAUGUCUUCUUCAUGUAAAAGAAUGCAAAAUAUGUCUAGUAUGAAUCAAGUAUAAACUGCCCUCUGUGUACAAUUUCUUUUUCCUUCAAUACUUGUGGUUUGAUUAUUAUUAUUUUGACUGAAAAAUGUUUUACCAAAAGAAAAUUUUGGCACCAUCCUGCUGUUUUCCAGCAAUAAAAACUAAAAGUUUUACACAAA